AUGACCAUAUCAUUAUGUGAUCCUUUACUUCCCUCCCCGGGACAGUGGAUUCAGAUAAAGAAAAGGAAGGCAGUGGUAGGGAGGCUUGUGUUCUGCUCAUGGUUCAUGGCACUCAUGAUGAUCUUCCCAGCAAUCCUUCCGAUGCAAGAGCUUGGCUAUUAUGUUGCUGUAAUUGACCAUUUCAUCUGUGACUAUUCUCCCCUUUUACAGCUAUCUUGUACAGAUAGACAAUUCUUAGAAACAAUGGGAAUUUCUUGGGCUAUAAUAAUUCUUAUGUUAACACUGGCAUUAAUAAUUCAUUCCUACACUUACAUCAUCCAGACAAUUCUGUGUUUUCCCUCGGUCAGUCAGAGGAAAAAGACCUUUUACACUUGUUCUUCUCAUUUGAUUGUCAUCUCCAUUUUUUAUGGCAACUGCAUCUUCAUGUAUAUCAAACCUUCAGCAAAGGAGAGAGCAUCUUUGAGCAAGGGAGGGGCUAUGCUUAAUACAUCAGUAACCCCCAUGUUGAAUCCCUUCAUUUACAGCCUAAGGAAUCAGCAAGUGAAACAGGCUUUCAUGGACAUGAUCUGCAAGAUUAUAUUUUCUUUAAACAAAAGAAAGCAUUAA